AUGGCAUCUAUUCCAGUAUCAGAAUUAGCAGAAUGCGAAAAGCAGGAACUUUUAUGUACAUAUGCUGCUUUAAUAUUAUAUGAAGAAAAAAUGAGUAUUACUAGUGAUAAUAUUUUAAAACUUAUUAAAAAAUCAAAAAAUACAGUUUUACCAUAUUUGCCAAUGCUUUUUGAAAAGGCAUUAAAAGGAAAAGAUAUUGAAGGAUUACUAACUAACUUAAAUGUAGGAGGUGCUCCUUCACCAUCUGCUCAAGUUACAACAGAAAAACCUAGUGAAGAAAAAAAAGAAGCUAAAAAAGAAGAGAAGGUAGAGGAAGAAGAAGAAGAAGAUGAUUUAGGUUUUUCAUUAUUUGAUUAA